AGUCCCGGGAGAAGAAGGAAGAAGCCCGCGUAUUCUCCUUCCCCCAAGGCGGACAGAUUGCGCGGGGCGGUGGCGAGCGACGUCGGCCGGCGGCGGCCAGAGCUUGUUUUGAACGCUGCUCUGCUCCCUUCAGAGCGCAGGCGCUGCCGCAGCGAGCCCGGGCGGGACUCCGGGAGCAGCAGCUUUGCUUUGCCACCGUCAGAGUGGGAGGAGGCUGAGGAGGGAGGCUUUGCUCGCAUCCCACCCGCUUAGCCCUGCUGCUGCUCCCCGCAUCCUGCCUGCCUGCCAGCCAGCCAGCCAGCCAGAGCCCCCCAGGGAGAAGCGGCGGCAGGAGGGGAAGGUAAACAGCCGCCAGUGCGCGUCCUCGGGAAGCAGCAGCAGCAGCAGCAGCGGCAAAAGCGCAGGUCUCUCUGUGCCAGGGCCGUUUAGGCGCACCGCCACCCCCAGCCUCCCGCUUUUGCAGCCGCCGCUGCUGCUUUGCACGCCAGGAUGGCUGUCCCCUUGACCGACAGCGAGAAAAGGAAGCAGAUCAGCGUGCGGGGCAUCGCCGGGCUGGGCGAUGUGGCCGAGAUUCGGAAGAGCUUCAACCGGCACCUCCAUUUCACCCUGGUGAAAGACAGGAACGUGGCCACGCCGAGGGACUAUUAUUUCGCCCUGGCGCACACCGUCCGGGACCACUUGGUGGGGCGCUGGAUCCGCACGCAGCAGCAUUACUACGAGAAGGACCCCAAGCGCAUUUAUUACCUAUCUUUGGAAUUCUACAUGGGCCGAACACUUCAAAACACGAUGGUGAAUCUGGGUCUACAUAAUGCCUGUGAUGAAGCCAUUUAUCAGCUUGGGCUGGAUCUAGAAGAGCUGGAGGAGAUUGAGGAAGAUGCUGGCCUCGGCAAUGGAGGACUGGGGCGUCUGGCAGCUUGCUUCCUAGACUCUAUGGCAACGCUUGGGCUUGGAGCCUAUGGCUAUGGAAUCCGCUAUGAGUUUGGCAUUUUUAAUCAGAAGAUAGUGGAUGGAUGGCAGGUGGAAGAAGCUGAUGACUGGCUGCGUUACGGCAACCCCUGGGAAAAAGCCCGCCCAGAGUACAUGCUUCCUGUACACUUCUAUGGCCGAGUGGACCACACUCCCGAUGGUAUUAAAUGGGUCGAUACUCAGGUAGUCCUUGCCAUGCCUUAUGAUACGCCUAUUCCUGGGUAUAAGAACAAUACCGUGAACACCAUGCGACUGUGGUCAGCCAAGGCACCCAACGAUUUCAAUCUUGAAGAGUUUAAUGUAGGUGAUUAUAUCGAGGCUGUGUUGGAUAGAAACUUGGCAGAAAACAUCUCCAGAGUGCUGUAUCCAAAUGAUAAUUUUUUUGAAGGGAAAGAACUGCGUUUGAAGCAGGAGUACUUUGUGGUAGCUGCCACUCUCCAGGAUAUCAUACGGAGAUUCAAGUCUUCCAAAUUUGGAUGUCGUGACCCUGUGAGAACCUGCUUUGAGACCUUUCCUGAUAAGGUUGCCAUUCAACUGAAUGACACCCACCCAGCCCUCUCCAUUCCUGAGCUCAUGAGGAUCCUCGUUGAUGUUGAAAAAAUGGAUUGGGAUAAGGCCUGGGAAAUCACCAAGCGAACCUGUGCAUAUACCAACCACACGGUGCUACCUGAAGCUCUGGAGCGCUGGCCUGUCUCUAUGUUUGAGAAACUCCUGCCAAGACAUCUGGAGAUCGUUUAUGCCAUCAACCAGAAACAUCUGGAUCAUGUGUCGACCCUGUUCCCAGGAGACGUUGAUCGCCUCCGAAGGAUGUCUAUAAUCGAGGAAGGAGACUGCAAGAGGAUCAAUAUGGCCCAUCUGUCCGUCAUUGGCUCUCAUGCGGUCAACGGAGUGGCCAGGAUUCACUCAGAAAUCGUGAAGCAUUCCGUAUUCAAGGAUUUCUAUGAGCUGGAGCCAGAGAAGUUUCAGAACAAGACUAACGGCAUCACUCCCAGAAGAUGGCUCCUGCUGUGCAACCCAGGACUAUCUGACGUCAUUGUGGAGAGAAUUGGGGAAGGUUUUCUAACUGAUCUAAGCCAGCUAAAGAAGCUGCUGGAUUUUGUCAACGAUGAGGCCUUUAUCAGGGACGUAGCCAAAAUUAAACAGGAGAAUAAGCUGAAGUUUUCCACCUACUUAGAAGAACAGUACAAGAUAAAAAUCAACCCUUCUUCUAUGUUUGAUGUACAUGUCAAGAGAAUUCAUGAAUACAAGAGGCAGCUUCUCAAUUGCCUGCAUAUCAUCACUCUUUACAACCGCAUCAGAAAGGACCCCAAAAAAUCCUACGUGCCAAGAACAGUUAUGAUUGGAGGAAAGGCUGCUCCUGGUUACCACAUGGCAAAACUGAUUAUCAAACUGAUCACCUCUAUUGGAGAUGUUGUCAAUAAUGACCCUUACAUAGGAGACAGACUGAAAGUCCUCUUUUUGGAGAACUACAGAGUGUCCCUUGCUGAGAAAGUGAUUCCUGCCUCAGAUCUGUCUGAACAGAUCUCCACUGCGGGGACUGAAGCCUCAGGGACAGGAAACAUGAAAUUCAUGCUGAACGGUGCCCUUACCAUUGGGACGAUGGAUGGUGCCAACGUGGAAAUGGCUGAGGAAGCCGGAGAAAAGAAUCUGUUCAUUUUUGGCAUGCGGGUGGAGGACGUGGAGGCGAUGGAUAAGAAAGGGUACAAUGCUAAAGAGUACUAUGACAGGAUCCCGGAGCUCAGACAAGUUAUCGACCAGAUUAGCAGUGGCUUCUUCUCUCCGAAUGAUCCAGGCUGUUUCCAAGAUAUCGUUAACAUGUUGAUGUACCACGAUAGGUUUAAGGUGUUUGCUGAUUAUGAAGCCUACAUCAAAUGCCAAGGGCAAGUGGACCAGCUGUACAUGAAUCCAAGAGAGUGGACUAAAAAGGUAAUCAAGAACAUUGCAUGCUCUGGCAAGUUCUCCAGCGACAGGACAAUUACGGAAUAUGCCAGAGAAAUCUGGGGCGUAGAGCCUUCUCCUGUGAAGAUCCCUCCACCCAACAUUCCCAGGGAGUAACCUGCCAGAGAGGUGCAUGCAGACAUCCUAAUUGGCUAGCCUCUGAGGCACUCCUGCUUCCUGACAAAUGUUCCACAGGUGAAUUCAACGUGCAUCUUACCACUCGUUGAUCGUCUCAUAUUUAUAAAAACAUGGUGGUUACUUGAAAUGGAGAUGACUGGUACUCUGGAGGAGGAGGGGAAAGUGCAGAAGAGUAUUUGCAUGUACUGUGUAUUGAGAUGGUACCUGAAUUUCCAGACCCUUUUGUUCCUAUGCCAGUCCCCCUGCUUAGCUCAUUAGGAGAUGCCUACAUCUGUUUGCAAAGUCAGCUUGCAAACCAAGCCAAGUCUUGGAUAUGGUGGUGGUGGUGGCUUCUUGAAUUAUUUCCCCAGCAUAAACAGUGCUGCCCUCUGGAUGGAUGUUAGCUGGUGGCCUUCUCAGACCCAGGAAGGCAGAGUGUCCAAAUGCUUGCUUUAAUGAGGUUUCAGUCCGAUCUGUAGUAGGACCCUCGUUGACCCUUUAGACGCUUCCCAUCAAGGCACUCCCAUUUCACUGAGCCGUUUGCAGGAGCUAUAAUUAAUGUUCAUGUUUUUAAAAUCCAAAAAUGCUAAAAUGACUGCGGCAGUGGGAUACGUGCAUAGUCUGAAAGGCUGUUGGGGAAUAUAUGUGGUAUUAAUAUGUGGACCUUCUGCAUUUUCCCUCGAUGUCCUCUCUAUUGCCUAUAUGAAACCAAACGUAGCUUGCCAGCCAUGUUUUUGGAGGCCUGCCAAGGGCUUGCCAGUCUCCAAGCAAUACAGACAGGAGUCUUAUUCAGUCCCUGGUAGACUGCCAUGCUUGACUAGAGAGGGCUGCCUUCAGCUUGGUAUUUCACAAGCAGUCUAGGCUUGCUGCAGAGGUUGCUGGAAGGGCCAUUUCUUAGUCGUCUUCUGCUGUACUUGGGACGUCAUGCAGUCAUAGCUCCCCUUCCAGUCUAGUAGCCUUUAUGCAUCUGGACUGUUCCUUGACAUCACGUUGAAAGAGGACAGCACCUCACAUCCAAGGCCCUUGAGUCUUAAUGUCAGACAACAGCAACAGUCUUUCUUUCAUCUAGGACUCUUCUUGCCAUCCUCCAUGCUCCUAAGCGACACAUCCACUUGGGCCUAGACUGGCAACUUUGCGCUUUAAUUCAAAAUACUAGGAUCUGAAAUGUAUGCCAAAUGAAUGUACAUUGCUAUUAACUUCCAGAACCAGAGGGUUCAUUAAAAAUGCUAUUCUCCUUUUCAGACAAAGAAUUUUAUCUUGUUAGUAGAUAGUUUUACAAAAUGUUGAAAAACACACUACGAAGGAUUAAAUUGCCUCAUCUUUUCUUCUCCUCAUUAAACCGAUUCUGACAGUUGCUUCAUACAUGGUCACAAGUGACAAACCCAUGGGUGUAGCAGUGGGCUUUAUCCACAUUCUUCCUGAUCAGAUGGCUAUUCUAGUCAGCAGCUCCAACAGGCGAUCAGUGUGGUCAAAGCUGUCUUUUGACUCCAUUGGCAAUUGUGGACAUGGAGUCUAUGCACCAAGGAGACCCAAGGCAUGCAAGUUUUGGUGCUGAAAUAUCCCCUCAACAAUGGAUUAAAUGUAAUAAAACAAUUCUUGGCAAGAUCAGUUCAUAACAAUUACAAAAAGUUUACUGUUGCAUCAUUCUGUAAAACAGGAGUUCUCAGACUUGUGUCCCCAGAUGUUGGACUACAAAAAAUGUUGCUGGACUACAAUGGCCUUCAGCCAUUGUGGCUGGGAAUGAUGGGAGUUGUAGUCCAACAACAUCCAAGGACCCAAGUUUGGCAUAAAACAUAUCCUUAUAAAAACCCAACAUCCUUCAUUGCCAUUUUCAUUAUGAUCAUAUAUAUUUUCAUCUUAACAUCUGACACAGUUUUAUCACAAUAUAUGCAAAGGAGGCAAGCUUACUCUUUUUUGUCAGUAUUUUUGGUGGCAUCUGAAUAAUAUAGCAUUCUGUUGCAUGGACCAUAGAUUAUACUCAGUUAAGAGCCUGUGCUAGAUAUUUCUAUCUCAUAUAUAUAUGAAUUGUAGCUAUGCAGAUCGAGUAAUAGCGGAUUUAUUUCACAAUAUGCUUGAAUGUUUUUGUGUGUGUGUGUGUGUGUGUGUGUGUGUGUGUGUGUGUGUAUAUAUAUAUAUAUAUACACACACACACACAAACAUUCAAGCAUAUUGUGAAAUAAAUCCGCUAUUACUUGAUCUGCAUAGCUACAAUUCCUCCUUGCAUUAGUUUUCAAACUUUCUGCCUUUGAGGAUCACUUUCUAUCGCAAACCAUUUGCCAAGGAAACCACCUCUUCUUCAUUUUCCAUGGAACCCAUGUGUGUUGCAAGGGAUUCUGGGUCACAUUCUAGAAAAUAGCCUCUGUUCAGACAGGGCCUGGUUUGUUGCUUCGUAUGUGUUCCUCCUGGUGAACUGAGUGCAUCCCAGCAUGGCCAGAAAUAGCACACAGUGUUGGGCGAGAUCAGUAGUGGUGGGCCAGAUGUCUUGCAGGGAGGUUUGUCGGCCACUACGGAUCUUCUCAUUGAAGAACCCCUGAUAGGCUUUCACAGAACAUCCCUAGAACACAAUUUGCAACACCUGGCAUAAGAUUCUUUCUGAAUGAGUAUUUUGAUACUGCUGUAACUACCAACUGGUGCCUAAGAAGGCUCUACUUGCAGGAUGUAUUUUGACAACUGAAAGAUACCCCCUGCGGUCCCCACGUAUAGAUACACACUUCCUGAUUAUCAGAUUCAAGUUCAUUUUAUCCACCAAACGUGUCUGCAUCCAUGAUUUAAAACGGGUAGACAACCUUGGUUCUCCAGCUGCUGCUAACCUACAACUCUCAUCAUCCCCAGCCACCAUUUGUUGUGCCUGAGGAUUCUGGGAAUUGUAGUUCAGCAGCAGUUGGUGAACCAAGGGCGGCUAUCCCCAAUUUAAACCUAGGUUGCUCAGCUCCAAAAUGUGUGCUGUCGUUUCAGAUGUUGACGGUUAAGAAUUAGUGUUUUGAUACCUGCUUUAGCUAAAAUCUUAUAAGAAUGUGUGGCCGACAUGAUGUGCAGUGUCUUGACAACGCUAACAGCCACAUAAGGGCUGCUGUAGAUGUGUAAGGCAACCUCUGUGCUAUUGAUGAUGAGCUGGUGUGAAAGCAGUGCUGCUACACCUACAUUGGGGUGAAUGGGAAUAAAUGCAGCAGCAGCAGAAAGGUCAGACACCUCGCGUGUCCUCAGCAGCCCUGAGGUGGUUCAUAGCACUGCCAAGACACUGCACAGCAUGUCAGCCCUGUGUCCCCUCUAGGCCCACCUGUUGAAGAGUCUUGUCCAUCCUUUUCUUGCAACUUUGACCUGUAGAUGUUUACAAACACAAAUGUCAAUGCUGUUGCCCUUUCCCAGUCCAAACAGCUGUGUUGACUGGCAGCUGAAUGCUGUAUAUCAGGGCCCUCCUGCAGAUGUUGGCCUACAAUUCCCAUAAUCCCUGGCUAUUAGCCACUAUGGCUGGGGAUUAUAGGAGUUGUAGUCCACAAACAACUGGGGGUGGGUGGGGCUAGGUUGAGCAGGUCUGCUGUAUAUGGAAAUUUAAAAGCAUUUUUGUUUGAGGCAAUGUACAGGUUCUCUCUUUGGUGCAAUGCCUCUAAUGGCUCAUUCACACAGACAAAUCACCACGUGGUGGUAGUGGUGACGUUCCCACAUGCAUAUGGGAAUCAGCCCUUGGGGCAGUUAAGACAAGGGCUAUCCUUGGCAAUCUCAUUCUGCAGAGUAGAUUUACAGUCUGUGCUCUAAGUGGAUCAUUCCAUUCUUGUUCUUCAAAAAUAAUGCACUCCCACUAACUCCAAGUGUUCUUCCCAGACAGAGCCGUCAUUGAUGUCCCAGAUAAUUUCAUUCUGCAGCUCCAGGUUCACGGCCCAUUGUGUUUGCAAAGGCUCCACUCUACACACUCAUCUCUCACUCACUUCAAAAGGUCUUCCCCAUUCACUUCAGCAGAGGAGCAAGACUGCUUGUAUCCUUUUGCACUUACAAAGCCAUCCUCCACUGAAGUGAAUAGGAGAGCCCUUGCAGAUACUGGAGGCAUGUGCAAAGUGUGUAACAUUCCGAGCUGGGGGUUCUGGGAGGGAUGCAGGUUGCUUGCAGAAUGCAGUGAUGUGCAUUAAUAAGGUUAAAUUCAUCCGUCCGGAAAUUGUUUCUAAGUUGAUCAGUGUUUAUGUCUGUUAUGCAGCCCAUAUCAAAGAAGAGAAUAAGAUCAUGUGUCCUCACUUGGCAAGAUGAUUUACUAAAGAUAUUAUGGGAGUGUUUUUUUUUUGGUUUAAAUCUGCUUUGAGCCACCAUAAACACCACCAUUUAUUUCUGUCAAUAAAGCCCUAUCAUGCCGUGAGUAUAAGAUGUAUAUGCAUGCAGACAUUCCCAGCUCUUGUGUGUUUUGGCUCUGCGCCUUGUCUGACAAUGUGACAUCAUGUUACUGAGAUGUUCUGGUCUGUAUUGCAACAUUGUGAGCGACUCUUUCUCCAAAGAUGGCUCUUUUCAAACAAAGAAAUGUUGUGCAGAAGAACUGGCGGUGACUGAAUCUCUGGCUUACCAAAAUGCUCCAUUGCUUGCAAAAUAAUUAUAUUUGCCACUACCAUUGCACUUUCAAAACUGUGGGACUUUCAGUUUGCGUGUCUGUGUGUUUCUAAUGUAUUACUGUUAUUCUCCUGUGCUUUCAAAAUUAUUAAAACAAAUCACACAAAUGUC